AUUGUUUUGAAAACAUUUAGUAAAAUGAUUCUCCCUUGUUUUCGGUAUAAUCAAAUCUUUCAAGGUUUUAAAAAAUUUUCAAGCCAUGUCUCCAUAAGGCAAAUUUUCGGAACAACUAAAGAACGACAAGAAAAACGGGAGAAAAUUUUAGCUGAACUAAAAAAGGGUUAUAUUAACGAUCUAAAAGAAGUGAGGACCACAGGUGGAAAACGAUAUCUGGCAUUGAGUGAACCAUUUCCUAAGGAGGAAUCUACAGUUUUGCCAUCAAUUCAAGGAAUGGCACUGGCGGGUCAAACCGUGACUCUCCCUCAAGAUUGUCGGGGUAGCGUCACCUUACUUCUACUGUGGACUCGUCAACAUGGCCAGAAAGCCUGCGACAUGUAUCGAAACACGUUUUGGAAGAAUUUUAAAACUAUCAGGAACACAAAUUAUUACGAGGUGAACUUGAUUGACAACUGGUUGUUUAGAAAGAUGAGGUUAUUCAUCAACACGAAUCUACAAAAACAAAUACCUUUAGAUCGCCAGGAUCGCUUCUUGUGUUGUUACGAUGGAGCAUCCGAGAUUGUUGAUAAGCUUUUUGAGAAUAGCUUGGUUGGGCAUGCCAUUUUGUUGGAUCAUUCUGGCCUUGUCAGAUGGACGGCUCACGGUCCACCAACAGACGAAGAACUACUGUACUUAACCAAAUGUACAAACAAUUUACAUAAUGAAAUACCAGGAACAAAACUGACAAACUGAAAAACAAAAAUCUUCAGACACGACUCUUUAAUUGUGUUGUCAAGACUCAAGAAUUAAAAAAAGUACUUGUAAAUACUGGUUUAAUAUUGUUUGUGAUACCAUCACCAGCUGGGUACAUAUUAUUUCAUACUACACACAGCUUGUUGUAGUUCGAAAAAUAGGUACGAAAACCUACCGCGCAUAAAU